AUGAACCCCCAACUAGUAGGGAUCCUGCUGGGCACCCUGCUGGAGACGGCCUUGGGAACCCGGAUGCGGUGCUUUGACUGCAGAAACCCUGGAAGCUCCUGCAAAGGCACCGUGACCACCUGUGGCGAGGGCGAACGCUGCGGCUUCCUUGACCGCCGACCCCAUUUAGAAUCGGGGCAGAUGAAACGUUCUGGAAACCCCUCAGUGACCGUGAUCCAUCAUCAUCCAGCCUGCGUGGCAGCCCAUCAUUGCAAUCAAGUGGAGACAGAGCUGGUGGGAGACGUGACUUACACAACCCACAGGGACUGCUGCUUCGGAGACCUAUGCAACAGCUCUGUGACAAUCAAAGCAGUCCCGGCAUCCAUCCUGGCUGUAACAGCCACUGCUCUAGCCUGGCUCUUGCCAGGGCUAUGGCGAGGGCAGUGGUAG